UAGGCCCAAUGGGCCAAAAUAUGGAGCCCGUUAGGGUUUAUCUUCUGUUUAGUGAUCAGAUAUCUGCAUACCCGCACCGCUCUCGCUCACAAACCCUACCAUUUCUCAUCAGAGUUAGGCUGCGAAUCACGAAGUUUUGAAGGAUGAGUAAGCUUCAGAGUGAAGUCUUGAGAGAAGCUAUCACUCAGAUAGUAACUGAUGCCAAGGAGAAAAAGAGAAAUUUCACAGAGACAGUUGAACUACAAAUUGGUCUGAAAAAUUAUGACCCACAAAAGGAUAAGCGUUUCAGUGGUUCUGUUAGGUUGCCACAUAUUCCCCGUCCUAAAAUGAAGAUUUGCAUGCUUGGUGAUGCUCAGCAUGUGGAAGAGGCUGAAAAAAUUGGUUUGGAGUCCAUGGAUGUGGAGGCUCUCAAAAAGUUGAACAAAAACAAGAAAUUGGUAAAGAAGCUUGCCAAGAGGUAUCAUGCUUUCUUAGCCUCCGAGGCUGUUAUCAAGCAGAUUCCUCGUCUUUUGGGACCUGGUCUAAACAAAGCAGGCAAGUUCCCUACACUUGUGACCCACCAAGAGUCUCUUGAGUCCAAGGUGAAUGAGACUAAGGCAACUAUCAAGUUCCAAUUGAAAAAGGUGCUCUGCAUGGGAGUAGCUGUUGGGAACUUGGACAUGGAAGAAAAGCAACUAUUUCAGAACAUUCAAAUGAGUGUCAACUUUCUGGUCUCUCUUCUCAAAAAGAACUGGCAAAAUGUGAGGUGUUUGUACCUGAAGAGUACCAUGGGCAAGCCGCAACGCAUCUUUUGAUUGAGGUGUUGUCUCUUUGGACUGUUAGGAAGAGUGCAGUUUGUAUGUGCUUUUUUGAACUUAUAUUAUGUUUACAUGGGAAUUUUGGUUAUAUUUAUGUUGAGAUGCUUUUGGCCUAUACUGGUAUAGCAACAGUUUCGUUAAGAUCAUAAUUUUGUUCCUCA